AUGGAUUCUAAUUAUGUAUUAAAAGGUGAUGAAUUUAUGAUGAAGGGAGAUAAAGCUCUCAAAGGUUCGACUUUUGGCAAUAUUUUUGGAUCAAAGGGAGAAAGAGCAGAAAAAGCACUUGAAUUGUAUAAGUCAGCAGCAACACAAUAUAAAUUGGGCAAAAAAUGGGAAAAAGCAUCUGAAGCAUACUAACGUUGUAUUACUUGUGAUUAAACUCUUAAAUCUGGGGAAACUGGAGAUUUCUAUGUUGAGGCUGCCAAAGCAAUUAGUAAUGUUAAUAAAGCAGAAUCAAUCUAAUUGUACGAAAAAGCAAUUGAACAUUAUGCUAAUGAGAAUAGAUUAGACAAUGCUUCUAGAUAUAAGAAGGAAAUUGCUUAAAUUUAUGAAUCCGAGCUUGAAUUCCAUCUAGCAGUCAAAGCAUAUUAAGAAGCUGCUGAUCUAUUUUAAGCAGAUGGCAAAAGAAUAUCUGAUUAUAAUCAAAUGAGAUUAAAAGUUGCAGAAUUGUCAACCUAGAAUGCUUCAGGUGACUUAAUAGCAGCCAUUAAGAUUUUCGAAGAUAUCGGUGAUAAAUACAUGGAAAAUAAAUUAACUGCCCCCAGUGCCAAAGAACUAUAUUUUAAAUCUUGUUUACUUUAUUUAUGCAACAAUGAUUCAGUAGGAUGUGGAAUUGCCCUUGAGAGAUACUUGGACAAAGAUCCUAGUUUUGCUUCAGCCAGAUAAUACAAAUUUGUUGUUAAUCUAAUUAAGGCUGUUGACAAUAAUAAUGCAUAAAUGUUUUCAGAUGAAUGUUUUGAAUUUAAUAAAAUCAUACCUCUAGACAAAUGGAAAUUAAAUGUUUUAAACAAAAUCAAAGAAGGAAUGCAACCACUUCAAUAAGUAGAAGAUGGAGGUUUUAGGUGAUAAAUAAAUAAUAAUAAUAUAUUGUUUUAAUUAUAUUCAUAUU